AUCCAAAAAUAUUUACUGUAUCAUAAUAUUAAUUACUUUAUAUAUUUUUAUCAAAAGAAAUCUCACAUAAAAUUUUUUUUAGUAUAUGAUGAAAUUGAACAAAUUGAAGAAAGUCAAAACUUAGUUGAUAUCCCCUCAAAUGUUUAUUUAACUCACAAUCAAUUUAAUUCAAUCGAUACAUUAAACUUAAAUCAAAUUUUAAAUAAAUUAAAUUAUAUAAAACAUACCAGUAUUUGUUCACAAAUAAUGAUAGCGAUUAAAAAUAAUGCUGAUGUUGAUGAGAAUAUAUUAUUAUACGAAUUAUAUAAUACUGGAUAUAAAUAUCGAAAUAAUAUUACGAAUAUCACUUUUCUUGGAGUUUUUAAUGUAAACGAUAAUAAAUUAACUUUAAUGAAUCGAAAAUUAUGGUUAUAUGAUGAACGAAGGAAUUUACAAGCAUUAAGAUUACCUGCUGGUGUUAUUAUCCCAUCUGCUCAUUUACCAAUAGAUUUCAUAAGUUAUUUGGAUCAACAAAACGAUAAAAAUACGCAUAAAUUAAGUAUGCAAAAAUAUAAUAUGAAAUUGAUUCGUUGUUUACAAGAUUUGUACAAUUUUACUUUAAAGUUGUACCGCUUUGAUUCAUGGGGGUAUUUACAUCAUAAUAAAUUUAAUGGAUUUUUACAACAGAUGGAAAAUGGUAAACUUGAACUAUCAGCAAGUAGUUUCUUUUUUCGUAUGGAACGGUAUCGAGCUGCUGACUUUACUAUGGCAACUUGGCUAGCACGAUCAACAUUUGUCUUUAUCAAUCCACAUACAGCAAUGCGAAUGGUAUUUCUUCAACCAUUAGAUAUUGAUGUCUGGUACACACUAAUCAUUUGUAUUGUUUUCAUCAAUAUUUUAUUGUAUAUAACAAUAGUAUUUGAAUAUAAGAAAUAUAAACAAAAUUUAAAAAGGUAUAAUUCAGAUUCGAAUACCUAUAAUGAUUUUUGCAAUGAUAAUACAAUCACCUUUAUAACUGUGACAAUUAUUGGUGCUUUUAGCCAACAAGGUUUCGCAUUGGUUCCCAAAUUAUUAUCAAGCCGUAUAAUUGUAUUUUGGACAUUAUUAUCAUCGGUAAUUAUCUAUCAAUUUUAUUCGGCUAGUAUUGUUUCAACGCUUCUAAUGGCUCCGCCAGUGUACAUAAAGAACUUACGUGACUUGAUUGAUAGUAAUUUAAAAAUGGGUAUUGAAGAUCUACCAUACAACAGGGAUUAUUUUAAUAAAACUAGUGAACCCAUCGAAGUUGAAUUAUAUAACAAGUUACUGAUGCAAACAUCCAAUAAUGAAAAUGCCAUAUUUCUUAGUGCUCAAGAAGGCUUGGAAAGAGUUUUAGAUGGUAAUUAUGCUUUUAAUGGAGAUAUUUCUGCAAUUUAUCCAUUAAUUGUUAAAGAAUUUCCCGAAUAUAUUGUAUGUCAAUUAAGUGAGGUUCAACUUGUCCCGUCAUAUUUACAGCAUAUGGCUAUUGUUGUUCAAAAGCAAUCACCUUAUAAAGAAAUGAUUACAUUUGGAUUGAAACGUUUAAAAGAAACUGGAAUUAUGAGUCGAUUAUUACAAAUUUAUACCCAUGAAAAGCCACCGUGCGGACAAAGUAUUUCACGAAUUCCAAGUGUAGAGUUAGAUGCAUUCAUUCCAGCAUUAGUUCUAUUGUUUAUUGGAAUUUGUUUUGCGCUUAUAAUACUUUUAUUUGAAUUUAUUUGGGUGCAUAAAAUACCCAGAGACUUAAAACAUUUA